UGGGAGAAGGAUUAUUCGUGACACUGUGCUGGAGGCUCCGCACCCUGGGCAGAGCCCGGGACCAGGGAGCCAGAGAAAGUUUAUGGGAAACCUAGAAAGUUUAUGGGAAACCUAGGGAAGAAGAACCUACAGACAAGGUCACUGCUGCUAAGAAAAAAAUUUAGGUAUCAAAUCCCGAUCUUCCCCAUGCUUGAGAUCGGUGACAACCUUAGCAAAUUGCUAGGAACCAUGGUGUCAGUAUCGUUUCAGACCAUGUUGCAGGCCAGCCCCAGGUUGCUCAAAGGGCUUAGACAACUGUUGACUCAGCGGCGAGUAGAGAUAGACGAAAACCCCGAAUCACCGGAAGAGGAAAGAGAGGAGGAAGCUCCGCAAGAAGUCGCUAAUCUUCAAAGAAGUCCCGGGGAUUUGGAGGACCUAGAGAAAGCCUUUGCGGACAUCCGCCUGAGCUUUCCAGACCGCGAAGGCAGGGAGGUUAUGAGGGCUCCACCAGGGACGAAGCUUAGCUUCCAUGCGCUGCCCGUAGGAAAGCUAAAAGUGCAGAUCGGGACACAUCACACAAAUGCGCUAGUAGAUGGAGGUGCGGAAAUCACACUCAUACGAAGAGAUUUCGCAACAAUUACCGGUUGCGUAGUUAACGAGGAGGUAAUGAGGAGCAUACGAGGGGCAGGUGGCGAGAUAUCGUUUUCGGGAUACGUCAUCAAGUGUGCGGUCAAGGCAGGCAUCCGGGAGUCGAUUUGGUCAUUUCAGCGGAUGACCGUGCUAGACGAGAUGGACCAUGACAUAAUCCUCAGGAGACCAUGGUGUGCCAAUGUAGAAAUGAUAGGGAUGCAUCUGCAUGAUGGCACAUACAUGGUAGACCUAGAGGAUCCAGUAACGAGCCGUGGGGAGCUCCUCCGACUCAUCGGGACCGGAGGGGACCCGCCUAAAGGAAAGUUAGCAACAUGGUCACCAUCGUUCGAAGAUAGCGCACGAAAAGGGGCUUUUGAGCGAAUGGAGGGUAUGCGAGAGAGGGUUGGCAUUAUGAUUGAGGAAGCAUUCAAUAAGAAAGAAUGGAUCAAGAUGGGCCUGCCCCAGAUGAAGAGAAGGCAGAAGGACGAAGUCUUAGGUGUUAUGGUGGCAGAAAGGGAAUCAGAAGUCGAACUCGGAGCCAGCCUGCCCAGGCGGAAAGAGGUGCGGAAGGAGGUACCGGAAACCGCACUCGAGAUCCCCGACCUAUUGCAGCUCAUCAAAGCUAUCAGGUAUCACAAAGUGGGGGUGGACCCGGCGACGCUGGCUAAAUUUGAAGGAGAAACCCGACUCUACAAGCGUAUAGACCCGACGGUGGGAAGAUGGGUAGGAUUCAUCUGGCAGUUCGAUUACAAGAUCGAACAAAUUACUGGACUAAAAAACAAGGUUGAUGGACUGAGUCGGGUCUGUAUCACGCCCGAAGGAGUGGAAGACGUCGAGCCCGUAGACGUGUUCCUCGAAUACGAAGGAGGGACACUUGCAGUAGAUAAUGAAAUGAUGGGCGAAGGAUGUGCGUUGGGAGAAUUAUUGAUUCAGACCUUGGAAAAGAGGGCCCCUGUCGUAGUAGCAGAACUUAGAGAAGGACCAGUCACCACUCGAGGACGCAAGGAGGAGAAGGACUCGUGGGGAGCGAUAGUAGGACCAAAGGAGGAACUGAUAACAAUGGCGGUUGAGGGAGGUCGGGAAGCCGUGAUGAGCCUAGUGGAGUCUUGGGAACGAAGGGAGUUGCAACUGAUGGUAAACCAGAUGCAGGAGAGAAACGACGAGGACCAGGAAGGGAGGGUUUUUUUUUAUGUUCAGAUAUACGAAGGGAUUUUUCGGGAGAUUGGGUUGUUGCUGGUAGGAAACAAACAUCCCAUGGAAGUCAGCCUUAAAGCAAGGGAGGAGGCCGAGAGGUACGUCCUAAGGGGUGGCCAUCUGUUCAAAAGGGAGGAAGGUGUUAUGCCUAGAAGAGUUGUGUGCGGGAGGUCUAGGCAGUUGGAUGUGAUCCAGGCAAUGCACGACGGACUAGCAGGAGGACAUCGAUGGUCCAAAGGAACUCUUGCAAAGAUGACACCGCUCUAUUACUGGCCAGGCAUGCCAGGUAUGGUUGCCAUGUACCGCCAGACCUGCCUAAUCUGCCAGGAGCGGAGCUCGGCACGCGUCUUCGAGUCGCUUAGACUAACACGGGUGCUGGAGCCGGGACAUCUGGUCCACCUUGACCUUGCAGUUAUGCCUGUAUCAACAGAUGGGUACAGGUAUAUCCUGGAUGCGCGAGACAACUUGAGUGGGUUCGUGGAGGCGGUCGCUCUCAAGAAAAAGACGGGAAGAAGCGUAGCAAAUUGGGUAGAGGACUUCUACCUGAGGCAUCCCUUCAUCAAGAGGUUUAUAGCAGACAAUGGAACAGAAUUUGUGAACCAAGGAGUGUUGGGAAUGCUUAAAAGGCUUUGCGUACUGAUCAAACUCAUUGAGUCGUAUCACCCGGAAGCCAAUGCACCUGUGGAAAGAGGGCACCGGACCUUAAAGAACACGAUUGCGAAGCUCGCGGCGAACAAUCUGGGGAGCUGGCCUAGGUAUCUUAAACAGGCUGUCUUCUCAGAGAACAUGACACCUAAGAGGACAACGGGAUGUAUCCCCGCAGAACUGUGGUACGGAAGAGAGAUCGAUUUUCCCGUGGAAGCCUUGAUACCAACCUAGAACAGGACCAGGAAGGAAAUACGAGAAAAGCAAAAUGGAAUUCGGCAACGAAAAUGAUAGCGGGCCAAUCAACAGGCCUACCGAAG